UGUGUUGUGUUGUGGCUUUUUUGUGUCAGGUGUCAGCAAGAAGUAAUCAAAAACCAAAAUAAAAACUACUUACAAAGCCUAGUAGAAAAAACAAUAUCAUCAUUUGAUUUAACUCAAAAACUAUGUUAAAAAUUAAUUAAAAACUUUCACCUUAACUAAAUAGGACACAAAAUCUAAUAAAAUGCUAGACUACGAUAUCGAUAAGAUGUGUAGAGUGUGCCUCCAAACAAACCUCGAUUUAUUUUUGCUCUUUGACGAACAAAAUGCAAUCGACGGAGUUUGCUUGUCCAAUAUGAUCUCAGAAAUGACAAUAUAUGCAAUCCGUCGACAUGAUGAUUUUCCCCAUCAAAUUUGCUCAGAAUGCAUGCAAAAAGUUCGUAGUGCAUACGAACUCAAGACUCUAUUUGAACGAUCUCAUCGUAAACUUCUUACUUAUUUAGAAUCAAAUAACAAAAUCGUAGAUGACAAUUCUGGCGAUGUACAGAAUAAUAAGGGUGUCCAAACGGACGACUCGACAUUAUUCCCAUGUGAGAAAUGCGAUGCUAAAUUCAUUUCCUACCAAUCCCUAAGGGACCACCGUACGGAAUCGCACAAAGGAUCUGAAAACAUUUGUAGAUUCUGUUCCAGAAAAUUCAACCGAAUCGGAGACCUCAAAAAUCAUAUAGCAGUGCAUCAUCCGGAAGUACAACACUUUCAUCCCCACGAAUGUCUUAUCUGCAAUAGAAGAUUCACUCGGAAAGAGCAUGUCAACCGACAUAUGGCCAAGAUACACAAAUUGGAAAGUAUACAAAUAACGCCUGGAGAUGAAGAUAGUAUACCAAAUGAGAAUAUAGAAUGUGAUGCUAAUGAUCUGGAAAUGCUUCUUGAAACUGAAGCGGAUUAUGAAAAUCUUACAAAGGUAGACGAUAAUUCCGAAAUUGUAUCUAACAAAGAUUCUGAAGACUAUGAAGUUAAUAAAGAUGAUGAUGAUGACGAUGACGAAGACGAAGACAAUGGAAGCAUUGGUACAGCAGAAAAUCCAAUUAGUAGUGACGAGGAUGACAAGCCGCUGGCUGGUUUGCGAGAUAUAUUCAAUACUAAGACUAAAGACCCAGAGACCCUUUCAAUAAAAGAAGAACUCGAUGAUACUUUGCCUGAGAAAACAUACUGCGCCCCGAAAACGGAAGAACUAAAAACUGAUAACAAAGAAAGUUAUUCAUUAAGUGUUAAAAAUCAUCAAGUCCUAGCAAAGCCAUUUAAAUGUUCCAAGUGUAGUAAAACAUUUACUCGACGCGGUCAUCUCAAACGUCAUUUUCUUUCUCAUGAUCUAAAAAAAAAAUUCAUAUGUAAUAUUUGUAGUAAGCGAUUUAGCCGAAAAGAUCAUCUUAAAAGUCAUAUGAACAAACAUGACCCUACUAAAGCUUUUAAAUGUGAAAUUUGCGACCGAUCGUAUUUUAGAGCCGGCAUGGUAAGGAAACACAAAGAAAUGAAACAUAACAUGCAGAACCUGCCCCAAAAUAUUGACAAACCAGAACAUUGUAAAGUUUGUAAUAAGACAUUUAGCACAAAAGCAUACCUGCAAAAACACAUGAAUAUGCAUACGAAUAAGUCGUUUAAAUGCAAAAUAUGUCCAACGGGCUUUGAGUCGAAAGAAGCUUUAAAGCAACACAAUAAAUCGCAUGGCAAGGAGAAACCAUUUUUGUGUUCGGAAUGUGGCUUGCGUUUCGUUAGAAAUGACUACUUGCUGAUCCAUAUGCGUAGGCACACCGGAGAAAAGCCAUUCACAUGUAAAUAUUGCGGCAAGGGCUUCCCCAGGAAAACCGAUUUAAAUGUUCAUGUUAAAUAUCACACCGGGGAGAAAACACACUUGUGCACGAUUUGUGGCAAAGGAUUCCAACGAUCUUAUAACUUAGUGGUUCACAUGCGAGUGCAUACUGGUGAAAGACCAUAUCAGUGUGUCCACUGUCCAAAAAAUUUUGCCCAGGGCAACGACUUGAAAGCACACAUAAGGCGGCACACUGGUGAGAGGUAUAAGUGUCAUAUAUGCGAGGUUGGAUUUGUACAGGGGUACCUUUUGACUCAACAUAAAAUCUCUGUUCAUGGGCUGGAGAACGAGGCAAGGAAAGGUCGAGUUUCUAAAGUAAAACCAAAUAAAACAAUAUCGAUUAUAUCUGAAGCUAUUGACGACACGAGUAAGGCUAUUGAUGAUACCACGAGUUUAAUUAAGAGAGAACCACAUUCUGGAGUUUUGGUUUUAUUCAUCAGUAAAUGUUUAGACAGUGACGAUGUUCAAAUGCUGCCUUCACAAAAAAAAAAUAUUUCCAACGCAUUCGUAAUUUAUAGUUUGUACAUACAGAAAUGUAAACUUUCUCAGGAACAUUUUAUUUACUAUAAAAUAAUAAAUCCUUCUCUCAAAAUAAAUCAAAACCACAGAACCAUGGAGUUCGAUAUUGAAAAAAUGUGCAGGGUUUGUCUUAAAACCAAUUUGGAUUCUGUAUUGUUGUUCGAAGAACCAAAGAAAAUCGGUGGGGUCAGUAUCUGCGACAUGAUUUCAGAAUUAACCAUUUACAAGGUCCACCGGCAUGAUGAGUUUCCACAUCUUAUUUGCUAUGAAUGCAUGGAACGUGUGGAAAGUGCUUAUUCGUUUAAGAAGGACUUUGAACAAGCUCAUCGCAAACUUAUAACAUACUUGGAUUCAAUCAAUAAAUACCAAGCAGUUGCUGACAUAAAACCCAUACCCACUGAGGAAAAAAGUACCCAAACCAUAGACUCAACUUUGUACCCGUGUGAAAAGUGUGAUCAGAAAUUUAUUAAAUACGAACGGUUGCGGGAACAUCGAGCCAUUGCACACAAAGGGUCGGCCAAUAUGUGUCGAAUAUGUAAUAAAUCAUUCAAUCGUUUGGCAGGCCUAAAAAGUCACAUAAGUGCGGCACAUCCAGAAAUCGGCUACCACAACUCCUCUAAUCAAUGUUAUGUUUGCAAUAAAAUGUUUACACGCCGGGAUCACGUCACACGUCACAUAAGAAAUGUCCACAAGAUUGCAACUUCAGAAAUGGGCUAUGGGAUAGAAGCAGGUGCAGCGGAAACAGAAGGAGAUCCUUCAAGCCAAAUAUUCGAAGAGGGAGAAUGCAACGAAGAGGGUGUAGUUAAAGGGGAGCUUAAACCAUAUAUCGAAUGUCUCGUGUGCUACAAACAUUUCUCAAGUAAAAACCGUCUUAAUCGGCACAUGCAAACAAUUCAUCAGCUGGACCCUGCUCAUAUCCUGAAGCAGGAACAAAAUAAUGAAAUGAAUACAUUCGAAUCUGAGAUGGAGUUGCUCGCCGAACCUGAAGCAUUUAGAAACUACACAAAUGAGGAUGAUGGAGAGAUAUCAAAUGAUUUUGAUAAUGAAGGCGGUGGUGGUGAUAAUGACGAUGAAGAAGACGACGACGAUGACGAUGAUGAUGAUGACGGCGAUAAUGACGGUGACAAUGAUGACGGUUUGGACACAGAAGACGAAGGAGCUAUUAAGAAUACUGAAUUUGUAGCGGCGAAUAGUUUUAUUAAAUGUGAAACAGAAUUAACGGAACCUACACAGGAUGAAGUAAUAAAAAAAGUAACAAUAAAACAAGAAAAAGCUGAAUUUAACUUCGCCGACAAUAUUUACACUGCUCCACCUCCGCAACAAGAAAAACGCCAAUCAACAUUUGAUUGUUUCCAUCGAAUAGAAGAUGGAAAAUACGGAUGUAAUUUGUGUGAGAAAACCUUUAAGUCGUCAUAUCACGUCAAAAGGCACUUCCUAUCACAUACCCAAGAAAAGGCAUUCCAUUGCACAAUGUGUGAGAUGCGAUUUAAUAGGGCUGAUCAUUUGAAAAACCACAUGACAAAACAUAACCCCGUUAAGCCAUUCCAAUGUGAUAACUGUGGUGCGAGUUAUGGUCGUGCGGAUCACCUUAAACGUCACAAAGAAAUGCACCAUUCAAACGAUCCAAAUAGUGCUCCAGUAAAAGGGGAAGUUUGCGAAUAUUGUAAUAAGUCAUACAGUUCUAAAGCCUAUCUACAAAAGCAUUUGUUAAAGCACACGGAAAAAUGUUGGAAAUGCAAACUGUGCUCCGUUGUGUUUGAAACUAAUGAAGCCCUCAAGGAACACAGCAAGACACAUAGCAAAGAUAAACCGUUUCUGUGUUCAGAAUGUGGUUUAUGUUUUCCAAGGAAGAAUUAUCUCAUCAUUCAUAUGCGAAGGCACAAUGGUGAACGCCCGUACAAAUGCCAAUACUGCGAUAAGGGCUUUCCACGUUCUACUGACUUAAAAGCACAUGAAAAAUGUCACACGGGAGAGAAAACACACUUUUGUAACGUCUGUGGUAAAGGCUUCCCGCGACCGUACAAACUUUCUGUACACAUGCGAAUUCAUACCGGCGAAAAACCCUAUCAGUGCAUGCACUGUCCAAAGGCCUUCGCACAGUGUAAUGAUUUGAAAGCACAUAUUCGACGGCACACUGGAGAGCGAUUUAGAUGCGAAUUAUGUGGAGCUGGAUUCAUACAAAAAUACAAUUUGACCCAACACAAGGCAGAUGCCCAUGGGAUUAUAAAUGAGUCUCGUCUAGGUCGAGUGGCUAAGAUACCUAUUGCUGAGCCGAUUGGAGAGACGAUGACCUCAGUUAUAAAUAAUUCGGAUGAAAAAUUACAAAUGGGACUUUCAACAAAUUUACUAUUUCGUGGUGUGGCACUUCAUUAAAUCUGAGCAAAGUUCAUUUGGUGUGUUUCGUGUUUUGUUUUAUUUUAUUCUCUAUAAUAUCUUAAUGUAGCAAAUUCUUACAAACAAUAAAAUGAAAACAAAAAAGGGUUAGGUUUAAUAUUAAUGAAUACAAAGAAAUAUUUACACUUAACAAGGAAAAAAUCUUGUUACAAAAUUCCAAAUAAAAUACAACCAUAAAAAAGAAACAGGAAAUUAUAAACUUAA